CACAGAUCUGUAAAACCUAGUAAGGUCAGAAGGCUUUCUCUACAGAGAGAAGAGUGCAUUGCAGCCUGAGUAUUACUAGCUUUAAAGCCUGGACACAGAGGUUUGCAAAAUGAAUGGAGAUCCUUUUCAGGAGACUAUGUACAUUGAAGAAAACUCAUAUAAAAAUGAUAUGAUCUCUUUGAUUUUCUCGCUGAAAGAAAAGGUUGGGGCGUUGGCUAAAGUUCUGCGCAUAUUUGAGGAAAAAAGCAUAAACCUGACCCAUAUUGAGUCCAGACCUUCCCGAGUCAACAAAGAUGAGUAUGAAUUCUUCAUAAACCUGGAUAGGAGGAAUACUCCUCUUCUCACGGAUAUCAUCAAGACUUUGAGAAACGAAAUGGGAGUGACUGUUCAUGAGCUUUCACGUAAAAAGAAGAAAGAUGCUGUGCCAUGGUUCCCGCGAACUAUCCAGGAGCUUGACAGAUUUGCCAAUCAGAUCCUAAGCUAUGGAGCUGAACUGGAUGCAGACCACCCUGGUUUCAAAGAUCCUGUUUACCGGGCCCGCAGAAAGGAGUUUGCUGACAUGGCCUACAACUACAGACACGGGCAGCCUAUUCCUAAAGUGACUUACACAGAGGAAGAAAAGAAAACGUGGGGCACAGUCUUCAGGGAACUGAAGACACUCUAUCCAACUCAUGCUUGCUAUGAACACAACCACGUGUUCCCGCUACUGGAAAAAUACUGUGGCUACCAGGAGGAUAAUAUUCCACAACUUGAAGAUGUUUCAAAAUUCCUGCAAACCUGCACUGGAUUCCGCUUACGCCCUGUCGCUGGCCUGCUGUCUUCUCGGGAUUUCCUGGCUGGUUUGGCAUUCAGAGUGUUUCACUCUACACAGUACAUCCGCCAUGGAUCUAAACCAAUGUACACACCAGAACCUGAUGUUUGCCAUGAGCUCCUAGGACAUGUACCUCUGUUUGCUGACAUUAGCUUUGCUCAAUUUUCCCAGGAAAUUGGACUUGCAUCCUUGGGAGCGCCGGAUGAAUAUAUUGAGAAACUUGCUACGGUCUAUUGGUUUACGGUGGAAUUUGGACUCUGUAAAGAAGGUGACGCAAUAAAGGCCUAUGGGGCUGGGCUGCUGUCUUCAUUUGGCGAGUUGCAGUACUGUUUAUCAGAUAAGCCUGAAAUUCAAUCCCUUAACCUGGAGAAGACUGCAGUCCAGAAAUACCCCGUCACUGAGUUCCAGCCUGUUUACUAUGUUGCUGAAAGUUUUAAAAAUGCAAAGGAAAAAGUAAGGAGAUUUGCUUCAACAAUCCCUCGACCUUUCUCCGUUCGCUACGAUCCGUACACCCAGAGAAUUGAAGUCUUGGACAAUGCAAAGCAGUUGAAGAAUUUAGCUGAGUCCAUCAGCAGUGAGAUGGGAACUCUUUGCAGUGCCCUCAAGAAGAUAGAAUGAAGAUUUUCUCAGCGUCCUCUCUUCCAAGAGCUACUGGCUGAAGUGACCAUAUGCAAAUGCCAAUAAUAUUCUAGCUAUUUCACAUUAUCACUCUAUUGAAUGUGUGAAUGUUUAAGAUAUAUAUGUAUAUACACACAUAUUACUUAAUUACUAUAGCUUAGCAACAAAAGAGGCUUCUGUGGGUGACUCUGUGCUCUCUUUGGUUGCAUAUCAUAAUUCUAUUUAAAAUUCACCCCAGCCCGGGUGACUAUCCACGGCCUGCACAUCUCUUCUGUCUGAAUCCUGGAGGCUGGCAGAAGAGGGAAUCCUUCUCCAUUCACCAGCCUGUGGAGUUACUGCAGCCCUGGUACUGCAUUGUCCACAUGUCCCAGUGACAACGUGGCAAUGGCUAGCAGCAGAUUCACCCACCCUGCCACAUCCCUCCUACACUCCCAUCCCCCCCAGCCUGCAACCAUGCCGGGUUCCCCUGGAGAGCAAAGCUCUGUAUCCCUAGCUUGUACACAGACUUUACAUGACCUCACAAACCCUGUCCCCUACAUAGCAAAUUUGCACCUCUUCCACCACACAUGGGGCACUCUGCACAGAGAAGAGGCCACAGUUUGCCACCUUAACAUGGGGCUUAAGUGGUACCUUGUGUGGGUCCUCUGCACUGGGAUGAAUUUUGCUGUAAAAGUUUUUGUUCUUCAAAAGUGACUUCAGAUUUAGUCAAAGAGUAGAUGCUCUGCUGUUACAAGUGGAGAAUGUGUUUUCAGUAUGUUUCUGACUCAUUAGUGAAGAUUUCUCCUCCAGUGUUAAAAUAGUGUGUUCACACCAUGUGCAAUGUGUUCCCACAGCUCAUAGUCCAGGGACUAAAUUUGCUAUGUCACAGAUUGGACAUUUGAACCAUCCUGAGCUAAGCAGAGCAAAUCAGUGUUUCCCAUUAACAAUUUUCCCAUACACAAGUUUCAACAUGUGAUGACAGGUUUCAGAGUGGUAGCCGUGUUAGUCUGUAUCAGCAAAAAGAACGAGGAGUUCUUGUGGCAUCUUAGACUAACAAAUUUAUUUGAGCAUAAGCUUUCUGGGCUAAAACCCAAAUAAAUGUAUUAGUCUCUAACAUGUGAUGAGAGGUUCUAAAGCUGCUGUGGGCUUUACAAAACUAAUUUAAAAGUCCACAAAAUGUAAAACCUAUUAUUGCACCACUUUUAUGUUUACAUCUCGAAAAGCAAUGGAUCUUUCAUUCAAACGUUGUCCUUUAAGAGGAUACAAACUACAGUUGCCUCUAUUAUAUUUAUAGCAUAUACUAAUCUAAGGAUACAGGGCCGGAUCCAGGUUUUUUGCCACCCCAAGCAAAAAAAAAAAAAA